UCGAGCGGCUGACAGCGCCCGCUCGUCGCCCGGCAACGGGGGACGCCGCCGUUACACGCCCCGUGACGCGCGGGAAGCUUGGUCGGGGGAGGGCGGGGCGUCCGGGCGGCGCAUGCGCGGGGUGGGGAGCUGCCCCCGCCCCCCCCGCCCCGCCCCCGCCGUUGGAGCGCCGUGCCGGCGCGCGGCCGAAGCACCUGAGGCAGAGACCGCUUUCUGUCACGGACCUGACACCACAGGGAACGCGUAAGGAUGAAGGAGUGGUGGGUGCAGGUGGGGCUGCUGAGCGUACCCCUCCUCGCCGUCUACCUGCACAUCCCACCCCCCAAGCUCUCCCCAGCUCUCCUCUCCUGGAGGUCCUCCGGAGGCUACUUCACCUACAAGGACCAGAACAUCUUCUACAGAGAUUCAUACGGCGCCGUCGGCAGCUCCGACAUCGUCGUCCUCCUGCAUGGCUUCCCAACCUCUAGCUACGACUGGUGCAAGAUCUGGGAAGGGCUGACCCAGCGGUUUCACCGGGUGAUUGCUCUGGAUUUUGUAGGAUUCGGUUUCAGUGACAAGCCUAGGCCCCACCGCUACUCCAUCUUCGAGCAAGCCAGCAUUGUCGAGGGGCUGGUGCGUCACCUCGGCCUCCACCACCAGAGGAUUAAUCUCCUGUCCCACGAUUACGGGGAUACGGUCGCACAGGAGCUGCUGCACAGGUAUGAGCACAAUAAAACUGGAAGCAUCUUGAUCAACAGCCUAUGUUUAUCCAACGGCGGGAUUUUCCCCGAAACGCACUACCCCCGGUUCAUCCAGAAGAUCCUCAAGGAUGGGGGUUUACUGUCCCCCGUCAUCACGCGGCUGAUGAACUUCUUUUUCUUCUCCAGAGGGCUUGGGGCAGUCUUCGGACCCUACACGCAGCCUUCGCAGGCAGAGUACUGGGAUAUGUGGACAGCAGUGCGGACCAAUGAUGGCAAUCUCGUUGUUGACAGUAUUUUGCAGUACAUAAACCAGAGAAAGAAGCACAGAGACCGCUGGGUUGGCGCUUUGAUGUCCACCUCUGUUCCACUCCAUCUAAUCUAUGGGCCCCUGGACCCUGUGAAUCCGCACCCAGAGUUUCUUCAGCUGUACAAGAAGGUGCUUCCCAUGUCCACAGUGUCUGUGCUGGAUGACCACAUUAGCCACUAUCCACAGCUGGAGGAUCCGACAGGCUUCCUGAAUGCCUAUCUGAACUUCAUCAACUCCUUCUGAGCUGCUGCAGCUCAGUUCUUGCUGUUUGAGUCAGGCUUUGGGGGCAGGAAGAAACUUCAAUUUUUAUCUCCAGAUCCAACACUUUGCACUAAUAAACACCCUCAUCUUUGGCUGCCAAACUGCUGCAUUGAUGCAGUUAAAUCCUUUGAGCACC